ACAAAGGAAGUGGAGGAGGUGGCAUGGCAGCAUAUAUAUGAUUUUUAUUGCCUUACAGGGCUGUCGUAGCUGUAGCUUUGCUUCGAUACAAUCUAAUUAAAAAGACAACUUCUUGAACAAGGUUUAUUUGGUUGGGCAUUGUUGGUACUUGCUAAAACCACUUGUAAUGAAGACAGAUAGCCCUUUUUUCCCACCUUGUUUGUCUCUUGGAUUCUUAUUACUACUUACUCAAUACCGACAGCUGCGGACCUUGGGAAUCAACCGGUAAUUCCAAUAUCGAGAAUUUCAGUAAAUUUCAUGAAAUUAUCUUUCAAAUCAAAUUACGGACAAAACAAAAGAGAUUGUACCGAUCAAAACAGUAAAAUUCUGAAGACAAAACCAAGAAAAAUGUGGUACCCACUCAUGCUCUGCCACGUAUAAAGAAGAAUACCCAACGGGAAGUUUCUCGACGAGACGUAACGCAGCUUCUCGUUCUUUCCUCUCUUCUUCUUUUCAAUCUCACUUUGCCUUUGUUUUCGUUCCUUUGCCUCUCUGUCUCUUCCCCUUCCCUUAUCAGUUUCCUCAUCCCGUAAAAAGGUGAACCUUCUAGAAUUAACAAGCAGCUCUUCUCCCCCUCUCUCUCCCAAGUUCAAAAAAAAAAGGAAAAAAAUUUUGUUUCGUUCAUGGCUCCGCCUCCAGUGGAGCAAAACGGAGAGGCGACGACGACUGGAGGAGAAUCGCAGAGGUCUGUCCCCACACCAUUUUUGACUAAAACUUAUCAAUUGGUAGAUGAUCAAACAAUUGACGAUGUCAUUUCAUGGAACGACGAUGGAUCUACUUUCAUCGUUUGGAACGCUGCCGUUUUCGCUCGUGAUUUGCUUCCUAAAUAUUUCAAGCAUAACAAUUUCUCUAGUUUCGUUCGUCAACUCAAUACUUACGGAUUUAGAAAAGUGGUACCUGAUCGAUGGGAAUUCUCGAACGAUUGUUUCCGACGUGGUGAAAAGCGGCUUCUAUACGAAAUCCAGCGUCGAAAGAUGUCGUCGCCAACAGCGACGUCUGUUGCGUUGGCACCGGCGAAAGUGGCGGCGAUUCCAAUCGCAAAACCGAUUAUAUCUCUGUCGAAUUCCACAGACGAGCAAUAUCCGGUCAUUUCAUCGGCCUCAUCGCCUUCGAGAGCGGGCCAAACAGGAACCGUUACGGCCGAGCUCAUGGAAGAAAACGAGAAAUUGAGGAAAGAGAACAUGCAGCUUAACAAACAAUUAGCGGAGAUGAAGAGCUUGUGCAAUAAUAUAUUCACUUUAAUGUCGAAUUAUGCGAAUUCUCUACCGGAGAGCAGUUUUCCGGCGACGAAACCGUUAGACUUGUUGCCAGUAAAGCGGUUAUCGGACAUAGGAGAAGAAGCGGUUGAGGAAGAAACAAGCCCGAGGUUGUUCGGUGUGCCAAUUGGAGGAGGGGUGAAGCGCACAAGGAAAGAAUGGGAAGGUGUAACGGUAGAGGAUGUAACACAAUUACAGCUGCAGCAGCCUGGUGGGAGUGGGAACGAGAUUAUCAAAUCGGAGCCGAUGGAUUGCCAGAACGCGGGACGCGACGAUUAUCGUGGGAAUCAAGACACGCCGUGGCUUCGGCAGUUGCACCGAGCGAAUCAGAGGGUUUGUAACUGAUUUUGGUUCGGUUUUUAGGUAGUUUUAGACUAGCUUUGUUUGGGCUGAUGAUGAUCGAUCCGCGGAACGCUGGAUCCGACCAGAAUCCUCUAGUGCGAAGGAAACGGACAUGCGGAAAGGAGUCACGUACUGCUUUGUGAAACCUUUGAGUGGAGGUUGACCUCCCAGUUGAAGAAUUUUCUUGGGACUUCUUUUUCUGUAUAUAAGAGAAAAAAAAAUAAUAAGAGAAAGGGCAUUCUAAGGUCUAAA